GUACAAGAACACACCGACCCCUCAUAAGAUCAGGCUGGGAUGACAGGAUAAUGGAUAAGGAUGUUUUGUUGGAACUAGCAAGUACAAGGAGAAGGGUGCUGCCAAAGCGAUCAGCAGAGAAGCUGCUACAGCAGAGUCAGCUGGCUGGACGGUAACAGGAGAUGAUCAGGAGAAAGCAUUUAAUGUUACAGAGGGGUCUCUUGAAAAGUUUACCACUAAGGGUGGCAACAGUACCAGUGUCUGCCAUGCCGCAUACCACCGAUUACCCAGUCAACCUGACUGACUACGAGUACCAAUACUUAGAGGAGGAGGAUUACAUCCAGUUUUUGCUUUGCACAAAGGAAAAUGUCAAGGUGUUUGGCAAGGUGUUCCUGCCAGUGCUCUAUACAAUAGUGUUUCUGCUUGGAUUGGCUGGGAACUGUCUACUCUUUGCCAUCUUGAUCAAAUAUACCAAGAACAAGAAGAUGACCGAGGUGUAUCUGCUGAAUCUGACAGUUUCAGAUCUUCUUUUCGUGGUAACCCUUCCCUUCUGGGCCACAUAUGCAGCGUCUCAGUGGGUGUUUGGGAAUGCCUUCUGCAAGAUCAUAAGUGUCAUCUACACCACCAACUUCUACAGUGGCAUCUUCUUCGUCAGCUGCAUGAGUCUGGACAAAUACCUGGAGAUUGUUCAUGCUUGGUCCAAUAAAAACUUAAGGGCCCCAAGAAAAAGCUUCCUUAUCUCUUCAGUGGUGUGGGUUAUUUCCAUAGUGCUGUCUAUUCCUGAUUUUAUCUUCAUGCAAGUGCAGGAUCUCCACAAUGGGAGACAAGUUUGCCACCUCGACUAUGGCCUGCACAACUCCAUCUGGCAGCUUCUCUUUCAAUUCCAGCAGAUCUUGCUAGGCUUCUUCCUUCCAUUCCUUUGUAUGGUGUUCUUCUACUCCCGCGUAGCUUGUGUCCUCACUGCAUUAAUGUCUCCUGGCAAGAAGAGGGCUCUCCGCCUGGUCGUUAUUUUGGUGGUGGUUUUCUUUGUGCUGUGGUUCCCAUACAACAUUACCCUCUUUCUGCAUUUGUUGCAAAAGCUCCAUGUGAUUAAGGGUUGUGAAGCUAGCAAGCACUUGGACUAUGCUAUGCAAGUGACUGAGAGCCUUGCCUUUAUUCAUUGUUGCCUCAACCCCAUGCUGUAUGCUUUUGUGAACAAACGGUUCAGGUUACACUUAAAGAAGAUUUUGGGGGCCAUCUUCAGGAGGCAGGAUUUCUUUGUUCUCCAGCAGUCUGACACAAGUCAAUCUACUAGUAGGUGCACUGACCAAGUAGAAAUGAAAAGCAUCACGAAUGUGUAAUGAAUAUUUAGAGAAUUUCAUUGCUGUACAUGUUUUAUUAUCACAUAUUGUACUGUUUCCGGUGAUGAAGUGAUGUAUGGAUAAGUAGUUGGAGCAUAGCCCUGGGAAUCACAAAAGGCCAAGAAUUAAUCCCAGCUCUAGCACUGACUCCCUCAGUUGUUUUGGGCAAAUCACAACCUGCCUCUGACUGAGUUUCUCUAUUUGCAAACUCACGGGGAUGGUAAUAAUUUGUUGGGAGGAUUUUUCUAGAAUGGUUUAAAUAUGGAGUAAUCCCACUGAAGUUGAGAGUCAUUUUGCAUUUACACUGGUGUAUCUGAGAGCAGAAUCUGUCCCUGUCAUUGGUCACAAUGAGGUUACUCCAACAGAGUGGAAUUUGGCCCUGCAACCAGGGGCGGCUCCAAGCACCAGCACAGCAAGUGCAUGCCUGGGGUGGCAAGCCAU